AUGGCAACACAAACAUCAGACGAUAUUAAACUUCGACUUCAUUAUUGGAACUGUCGUGGUCGUGUUCAAAGUGUUCGUUAUAUGCUUGAAGAUAUUGCAUAUGCACAUAAAAAUGUUGAUUAUAAAGAAGAUUUUGAAUUACUUGAGAAAAAUACUGAAUUAUGGCCUAUACACAAGGCUGAUGAAACAAUUUCCGGGCCAUUUCGAAAUUUACCUGUGCUUCAUUGGAAUGAUACACAUACUUUUGGUCAAACUUUAACAUUAGGACAAUUAUUGGCAAGAAAAUUUGAUUUAUAUGGUAAAUUAACAUCAUCUACUAAUGAUGUAGAUCUUUUACAUGGUUAUAUUGAUGGUGUUGUAUCAUGUGCAUAUACUGAUGUUAUUUCGAGUGUUUUAACUUGUAUAUGGAACUGUGUGAAUUUUGCCGAUGAAAAUAAUCUAGCGGCUCGCUUAGUUAAAAAGAUUACAAACGAUUUAAAAGCCUUGAAUAAUUUACUUAAAAAAAGUUCAACAUCAUUUUAUUAUGAUCAACCAGAACCAACUAUUGCUGAUUAUUUUGUUUUUGAAGCAUUUACAAUAACACGUGAUUAUAAUGCAAACAUAUUGCCAAAUGAAGAAGAUUGUCAUGCAUUAAAAAAACACGAACAAAUCAUGAACGAACGACCAGCAUUAGCUAAUUAUUUUAGUAAAGGUUUAUUAUUUAAACGUUUUACUGGAUCACCAAAAGAAAACGAAUAUAUGGCAACAAUAGCUGAAACAAAAAAAUAA